AUGCGACUCAUCGACACGGACACGCUCCAGCUCCAGCUGUUCGCGGGCGAUGCCCCGCCAUACGCCAUCCUUUCCCAUACGUGGGGCGAGGGCGAGGUGACUUUUCAGGACAUGGAAAAGGGGCGCCAUUUUGCCAUGCAGCUGCAAGGGUUCGCCAAGAUCGAGAGGUGCUGCUCGCAAGCGAAGCGGGAUGGCUACGCGUGGGCUUGGGUGGACACCUGUUGCAUCGACAAGCAGUCCAGCGCCGAGUUGUCCGAGGCCAUCAACUCCAUGUAUCGCUGGUACCAGCUCGCCGCCGUCUGCUACGUCUACAUGUCCGACGUGGCCGCGAAUCUCGACAGCGCCUUCUUACCAACCUCCCCAGCCAGCUUUGUACAUGGCGAGACCCCGUUGCCCUCUUCGUCUGGCCGUGAAGCAAGCACGCUGCGGCGCUUUGGCCCAAGUUUCGCGGCCAGCCGCUGGUUCCGGCGUGGAUGGACCCUUCAAGAGCUUCUCGCUCCGCGCCUCGUCGAGUUCUACGACCAUAGAUGGACCGAGAUUGGAACCAAGGCGAGCCUUGUGUCCGACUUGCAGCGUAUCACUGGAAUUCGCGCCGAGGUGCUGCAGGGCGCACCUCCCGGCGACCUCUGCACGGUCGCGGAGCGCAUGAGCUGGGCCUCGAAGCGCGAAACCCAAAGAAUAGAAGACCGUGCAUACUCCUUGCUUGGCAUAUUCAAUGUAAACAUGCCCUUACUCUACGGCGAGGGGCAAAGCGCAUUUAUCCGCCUCCAGGAGGAAAUCUUAAGACGGUCCGAAGAUUUGUCGCUCCUCGCCUGGUACCCCCGAGGCCGUCCGUUUCCUGCUCUGGCGUGCUCGCCCUGGACCCUGCGUGUUUUACCUGGGGGACCCAUCCAGGGGCUAACCUGGAAGGAUGUGCAAACGGUUGUGCCCGAGGUCAUCACCAAUCCGAGGGCCCGGUACGCCUUACCCCUGGCCCUGAGCCAUGGAAAUGAGACGGUCCCUCCACCGACCGUAACCAGUCGCGGAAUCCUCGUUACACUUCCCGUUGUUGAGCCUUCGAAGCUCGGUAUCACUGGCCACCCCAACGAUCUCAUGGCCUGGACUUUUCUUAGCACCCAUCCCGGCGCUUCCCGGACCAUGCAGUCUGGCUCUGUGUUGUCCUUCGAGUGGCCUCCGCCGGCAGCAAGUCGCAUCUCGCUGGAUGCCCACCGCCCCGCGGAGUGGAAAAUGGCCGAGAUAACAAAGGAGACCCAUUACAUGUACAUUCCAACCCCGGACCCGUAUGGAAGAGCCCUGGAUGAAGCUAGGCAGUCCUCAGCGCAGGAAGCUCAGUUUCUCUGCAGCCACUGGAGUCGCAAUGGCUCCGCAGGGCUGGACGUGCAAGAGAAAUUUUUAGUUGUCUUUUCCACUUACUACCAGGGACUAUCGCGAAAAUUUAGCUGCCAGGCCCGAAGGGUUGCCGAACCAGGUGCGUCAAGCAACAACCACACGACUUCUUCUGACGCAACUCAUCGCGGAGAAGUGAAGGUCCCGGUUGAUCGGGCCUACCUCGUCCUGCAAGCUAGUAACGCCGUUGUAGAGGUUGCCAUCAAGGAGAAUGUUCAUCUCAUACGCGAGGGCCUCCAGUUUGUUGGGGUUACGCUUACGAUAAAAAUAAAUGCCCGAGGCGUGUAG